UCAAUAUUACAAUGGUUGAUAGAAUCACUAAAUCUAAGCAGGUAAAAUUGAAUUGUGAAUCGAAGUCAAUUCUUUGGAUGAAUUGCAUGUUUUCAUAUUACUGUAUUUAUCUCUGACAGGCGUUGAAUGUUAACUUCCUCUUCAGAUAGUAACCUAAGAGUUGCCGCGUUGUUGGUCUCAUUAGCUAACCACCGUGACCCCUUUCUCUAAGCCACACUAACAGGUUGAGUUGUUUGAAAAUGUGGGCGUCAAACUGAUCGAAACUGGACCAAAAGACAAUGCCCAUGUCCUGCAGCUAAGCAUGUGAAUUGACGUGGUCAAAAUUAGGGCGCGGACUGACACAACUUGUAACUAGCCUUCGAAUACAGAUGGCGAGAGUUUGUAAAUGAACUUUUAUGAACAUGGGAGUUGUGGAGGAGUGUACCUUGUGUUUUCAAGGAAGUGGGACGUGGUUUUAUAGCUAGUAGCUAGCUAAAUGUGUUUGCGACACGAACUGCAGGAAUCCCGGGUAAUCGGUAAUCCUUGGCGGUAUUCAAUCAUUUGGGCGCUAGUGAAACGUCGUGCGGACAAUCCCAAAGAGUUUCUGCUUUUACCCAGAGGUGGCCACGUAAACUGACUCCUCGAUUAUGGGAAGCGGUAAAAUCAAUCUACCGAUGCGUAGCUGACUAUUACGACAAUACGACAAAUGAAGCUCAGGAUGACUACGGAACACCAAGUAGUAGACUCAACUCUGGUUGUGGAUAGGCUGGAAACUGAAGGUUCGGUAGUGGAAUCGAACAGUUGGAAAACUGGGCACGUGCUGGCCGAAGACGAGAACCGUCACACCAGACCGAAUGGCUGCGUCCCGCUGUCUCAUCAGGUGGCUGGUCACAAGUAUGGCAUCAGUAAAGUCGGUAUCCUGCAGCACCCUGAUGGCACAGUGCUAAAACAGCUGCAGCCUGCCCCCAGGGGGCCCCGGGAAAUGCACUUCUACGCACAGGUGUUUGCUGAAGACUGCACAGACUCCCAUCUGCUAGCUCUUCAACAGCACCUGCCCAAAUACUAUGGUACAUGGGCAUCAUCAGAGGCGCCAAAUGUUGUGUAUCUGAAGCUGGAGGAUGUGACACAGAGAUUUACACACCCAUCCAUCAUGGACGUGAAGAUCGGGAGGAAGAGCUAUGACCCAUUUGCCUCACGAGAGAAAAAGGAGGAGCAGAUUAGAAAGUAUCCUCCAAUGGAGGAGAUUGGCUUCCAACUCCUGGGAAUGAGGGUGUAUCAAGUGACCUCAGAAAGCUAUAUCAGUCAUGACCGGUUUUAUGGACGCAAUCUGAGGAAGGAGACUCUGAAAACUGGCUUGGUUCAGUUCUUCCAUAAUGGGACGGAGGUACGAAAAGAUGCUGUAUCUGUCAGCAUCUGUAAAAUCCGCAACAUCCUGCACUGGUUUGAGAGCCAAAGGCAGCUGCACUUUUUCGCCAGCUCUCUGCUGUUUGUGUAUGAGGGCUCUCCUCAUUCAGGCACUGGAAGCCCACGGAGAGAAGGCCUGACAGGCCAAGAACAUGGCCAAGGUGAGCUGGAGCACAAUUAUAAUGUUCAAUUCAAUGGCUCCAAGCAAUGGGGUCUCCACUGCACUCUAGCCCCUCAGAGGGCAGCCUCUGGGCAGGGAAACAGCAGUGACCUUCUCCAAGGUGCAAGGACAGAGAAUUGGAAUUGGCGUCACCCUCUAUAUGACCACCUUGAGCAGGCUAAUGGCAGUGGGGCAGAUGCUGAGGAAGAGAUGGACAGGAUGAGAAUGGUCAAAGGCCAGAGCACACAGUUCAGCCAAGGAGGGUCAGAAGGACAGAGGAAAGAUGAUGUGGAGGUGAGGAUGAUUGAUUUUGCCCACAUCUUCCCCAGUGAGAGUGCUGAUGAGGGCUACAUAUAUGGCCUGAGGAAUCUCCUCAACAUUCUGGAACAGAUCCUACAAGACUGACUUCCAUCAACCCCAGUCAUCUGCCUCAUCUUCACAAAGACAAAUUAUUUAAACUUGCUGCUUAUGAUUAUCCAAGGUUUGAAGAAUCAUAUUGUAUUUGUUGGAUAGUACUUAAUUGCAUAAUUCUUUAUACAAUAAUUAACUUGAUCUAAAUCCUAAUCAGUGUGGAAUCAUCUCAUGGCAAACUAUGUUUUCUUUAAUGAUUGUUGCACAUACAGCCUCUCACAAGCUCCCUGUGUUCCAUAGACGUAUUCACUUAGGUAUUGUUCAUCUAAGUCACAUACAGUCUGUUUACACAUUGGGGUCCUAUAUUUGACCAGUUUUGAAACAUCCUCAGUUUCAUUUUCUGUACAUUUGUAUGACCAAAAACAUGGCUGGUUGGAGACAAGUGCAAAUGUGAAUGUAACAAUUUAACCUGAAAACAGGACCGUUUAAAAACCUGCUUUUGAGUUGCAGUAAAUCAUCAUCCUCAUCAACAGCAUCAGCAAUAAAACAAAAGUACAAUAAAAGCAUAAAUAAUAGUAAUACUACUGCUAAUAACAUUAAUAACAAUAGUACAUUAAAACAUCAAUAAUGAUAGUAAUAGUACUGCUAAUAACAUUAGCAAUAGUAUAUUACAAACAAUAACAAUAAUACUAUUGCUAAUAACAUCAAUAACAAUAUUACAUUAAAAAACAAUAACAAUAGUAAUACUGCUGCUAAUAACUGCACAUGUUGCACUGGAUAGUAAUUCAGUUUGAAUAUUGAUGACUUUCAUGUAAUUGGUAAAUGUGAAGGAGAAUCUUUCAUGCUUGGAUGGCUAUUAGGUAAUUAGACCUAAAGUUAACUAGUAAGUUUAAAAAGACAAAUGUUUGAGAAUUUUGACUAAGGGCCAUUGCAGGCAGUCAGGCCAAAAUGUCUCUUAAAUAUUUAUAAUGGUCUAAUUUUAAAUGUAGGAAGUGGAAGUACACAAAGAGUACUACAUUAAAACAAUUUUUAAUGUGUUUCAGUCUAAAGCUCUAUAGCAUGACAACUUGAUGCUGUGUGCUUAAUAUGUUCUUGGGGUUGACCCACAAUGUUUACACAUAACACUGACCUUUUUAUUUCACUAUGAUGUUUUAAAAUACUGUCUGAGAUUUCAAAUGUUUUGGUUUAUUUUUGUAUUUUUUAUGAUUCUUGGUUGUUGCUUUUAUUUUAUUUUGUUUUUAUUUUUGCAAAGUUUUUUAUGCAUAUAUUCUGUGUAAUGACUAGCAAACUAUUUUCUAUCUGUUUUUUGAGGAGCUAUUUUUGUUCACCCAUACAGGGUGUGGAACUUUUUGUUGGUGUCAGUUCUGUGGAAAAAGUAGAUCUCUUUUGGUGUUCUGUAACAUCGUCCAGAAAAGUACUAGCCAUGAACUGAGUGACACUAUGAACUCUGUGAAUAAAAAAAUAAAACUAAA